UCUAGCGCCACAUUAGUUCGCUGAUUUCGAAAUUCACAUGUGCUCUCUUUUUCUGCGAUCGUCUGCUUCAGUCACUCACGCUUCAGCUUGUACAACUGUUCGUUAUUUCAAUUAGCGAAGUCCACGUAAUUAUCAGAAGAAGUGAUAUUAGAUUAACUCCAUCAUGUCUCAACCAAUUAAUGGUACAGUGAAGUUUUUCAAUGCUGACAGAGGGUACGGAUUUGUCACCCCGAGCAAUGGCGGCAACGAUGUUUUUGUUCACCAUACUGCCAUCAAGAUGGACGGAUUCAAAAAGCUUGAAGAAGGCCAAAAUGUAGCGAUGUUCACAGAGCCGGGGAAAAAAGGUCCCCAGGCAACAGAAUGUACAGUCCUACCUUAACGAUGUCCGGUGUCCAGCGCUUCAAAUAUUUUGCAUGAUUUUUGACUUUUACUGUUUGACCUCAAAAGUCUGACGGGCAGCAGGCCAAGUAACUGACUGUUACAGCCGUGUAUUUUGGUAUACAGCUGAAAUGAGCAGCUUUCUUCUGAUCUGGUGGUAGUUUUUCAGAUUUCUCUAUCUAUUUUGUCUGAACUUUCAUUUGCAAUUAUUAUUUCAAGUGCAUUUCGAUUGAUUUUCUUUGGUACCGUAGUCAUACAGUCUUCAGGUCUUAGUUUGCUCAUCAGGCUGAAAAGCUUAAGAUUUAGGCCUGGGGGUUUGCAGGCUCAAUUGUCUUAACAAAGUGUGUUGUGAAGUGUUUAUAUACAGAUAUAUCUGUAUAUUUUUCACCAGUUUGCUAAAGCAUUGAAGCGAGAUUAGGUUAUUCUCACUAAAGCAUGAAAGCGCUUGCAGACUUACCAUACACUGCAGUUUAAAAGGGUGUGUUUGAGAGUGUGAAGCGUUUUGGGUCUGUCUCACAAAGAGCCCCUGUAAAAUAACUCUUGUUGCUCGGGAAGCAAACCCAGCUGUCCCCCUGGCUGCCUGGAGCAGAGCGGAGCAUUUUGGUCUGGUUAGGGUACCGGUAUAUUUCAAAUAGCAGAAUACUGGAAUAGGGUCAAUGUCGUCGGGUAUUUUGUAUGAACAUCUUUUCAAUUUUAUUUAAAACUCUUAGACUCCUUGGGCAUCUGAAAACAAAUAACAAAAACUAAUCCCAUACAGCCAUGGACGAGAGGGUGAUGGUACUCCCGCAUGAUUAGGCGACUUUCUUCUUCUUCAGGAUAAAUGUGUAAAUCUUAUAUCAGUAUAUAGGCUACAGAUAAUGUUCAUUGUCUGGAGCUGCUAUGACAAGCAGCAUAGGUUCAAGAUGUAAAAUAGGGCUUGGAAUGGGGGUAUUCAUAGCUCUUUUUAUGAGAUUGACUUGUCAAUGUACUCUUCUUAUUUGCCAUAGACUGAUAGAGGAGCGUGGAUGAUAGACUAAACAGUUGGGCGAGGGAAGUGUACAGGUGUGGGAUAGCAGUUGAUAAAUUUGUUAGCAGCUGGACGAAUUCUUCAUGAACUAAACUGUAUAACCAAAACAUGCUAGUGGUGAUACCAAUUUGGACUGCUGCCAUGUUGUCUAUGGGAUCCUAAAGUGUAGAAUUAUUGAGUAAGAAGACAUAAGUUGCAUGCAAUUUAUUGACUUUGAUGUUGCCGAAGGGUUAAGGAUUGAUUUCGUAAUAAAGUAUCUUCAAUUUUACUGGUAGAAUCUGUAUAUUCAGUAGAAUGUUGUUCGCUGGUGGAAAACUUUCUAUACGGUUCUUUAAAAAAGAAGGCAUAAUCUUUGCAGCUGGUGUCCUGUGUGGAUUUUUCAUAAGGACUUUGAUGGCUAAGAGGUAUACUUCAAUCUAAAUUUGUAGUGAUGCCCCGGUGAACCAUCAAUCCCAAUCUUCAGAAGAUGAUAAUUCGUUAGAAAAUUAUAUCCUCUCAAUGAAGAAACAAAUUGAAGAUUGGGGAAAGCAGUCUGAUAGUGGGCAAAAUAAUCAGAAAGAACUGGCUCCUGAAUGUUUCAUGAAAGUUCCUGAAAUCAUACAAUAUGCUGGUUAUCCAUUCGAACUUCACACUGUGACGACGAGUGAUGGUUAUAAUCUUGGUCUUCACAGAAUACCCCAUGGCAAAGACGAGGCAGAAGAUAAGAAAUUAACUCAGAAACCAGUAGUUUUACUACAACAUGGACUACUUGCUGAUUCUGCCAACUGGGUUUCGAAUGGAAGAAGCGACAGUCUAGCAUUUCUGCUAGCGGAUUAUGGAUUGGAUGUUUGGUUGGGAAAUGUCAGAGGAAACACAUACUCUAGAAGUCAUGUGAAAUUAGAUCCAAAUGUUGAUGAAAAGUUUUGGAGAUAUAGUUGGCAACAGUUCUCUGAGAUUGAUCUCCCAGCAAUGGUCGAUUACAUUAUUGAAAAAACAAGAAAUAAGAAAAUUUAUUAUAUUGGCCACUCUCAGGGAACAUUAAUCAUGUUUGCAAGAUUAGCUGAAGAUCCAGAUUUCAAUGAAAAAAUUCAUUUGUUUAUUGGCCUUGGUCCUGUUUUCAAUUUGAAAGGAAUAAAAAGUCCAAUAAAAUAUCUAGCUCAAUUUUACAAUACAUUGGAGAUGGGCCAGUGGAUGAUGGGUGGGGCUGAAUUGCUGCCAAACUCAGAAGCAGGUAAAUGGCUUGGCACAAAAUUGCACAAUUUUAUUGAAGGAAAUCCUGAUGUAAAAAUCCAUGGGGAAAACAUGUUGCUGAAUAUAGCAGGUUUUAGCCCAAGACGAUACUGCAGGGAUCGUUUACCUGUGUAUAUUUCUCACAUUCCUGCCGGAACAUCGAUACAAAAUAUCAUACAUUUUGCACAAAUGAUAUGGCAUAAUGAAACUAGAAAAUACAGAUUUGAUACAGAGGAAUCAAAUAUAGAAAAAUAUGGAUCAGCUGUUCCACCAGGAUAUGACCUGGGUGCAAUAAAAACUCCUAUUGCUUUGUAUUGGGGUUCUGAUGAUUGGUUUGCAGAUUCAGAAGAUGUUCUGUCUAUACUACCACGGUUGAAAACAUUGGUUAAAACAAAAGAACUGAAAGAUUGGGAUCAUUUAGAAUUCCUUUAUGGUUCAGAAGCAGCAGAUACAUUAUACACAGAAUUGGCUGAAGUGAUAAAAGACUUUGAAAUCAAAUUUCAAAAUUAUGAAUCUAGACAUGUUGAUUUGUAAACUAAGCUAUAUUUAUUUAUCACGUUAUUAAUUUUUGAAUGUGAAUGUAAUAGUUAAUGGCAGUUGUACAUGUAUAUUUUAAGUCCCAAAAUAUGAUAUAUUUUAAACAAUUUUUUUAGUUACAAUGCUCCCAUUCAUUCUUUUUUACACAAUACCUCAUUUUCCAUGCAUGCCCACUCACUGCUUUGUAUGUUUUAAUGUCAAAAGUAUUCUCUGCAUGGAUGCAAUAUUUAAACUUAACUAAUAAAUUUGACUUUCCAAUGAAAAACUUCAUUGGUUUGCUAAAUCUGUUGAAUGCAGGCGUCAUUUAUGAUGCAUAUACCAUUUUAUUCCCAGUUUAUCAUUCAUAACAUUUUAUUUCUUCGAAUUUAUGAUAAUAUUUUGAACCAAAUUCUAUUUUAGAAA